AUGAACAACGAACAGUUCCGGCGGCUGGUGCUCGAUAACCCGUCGUCGUUAUCGAAGACAGCGAGCAGCAGCGGUACGGAUGGCUCUUCUUUGCAGCGACGACAGAAUGACUCGGACUCGAGUGGUGGCACCGGCACUGGCGGCGCCAGUCGCCCUCCUCCUCUGGCUGCGGCUUUGGGAUCGCGCAUGCGGCCUAGUAUACCUAUGACACCUCGCUCCGUCAAGGGUGUCGAUUUCGCGCGUCAACUCGCGGAGCACCGUCGCGAAUCGCAGCAACCGCCGACGAAGAAAUUCAAGUCAUCGGCUGCGCCGAAAGGGACACAGCUGGCGAGCGGAUAUCAGGAUCGAACGGAACUGAGGAGACAGCUGGAACAGCACGAGGGCGCGGAUGGCGACGGGAUAGACGAUAAAGAAAAGCGGGUGAGGGCGCUGGAGGAAAUGGUGAAACUGGGCCAGAUCGACCAGGCGACCUUUGAGAAGCUACGGAGAGAAAUUGGCGUUGGGGGCGAUAUCAACAGCACGCAUCUGGUCAAGGGGCUGGAUUGGGACCUUCUCAGGCGGGUGAAGGCUGGUGAAGAUGUUACGAAACCGGCUGAGAAACCGCCGGCUGAAAGCGAGGUGGCUCCUGCGACGGUUGACGAUGUGGACGAGGAGCUGGAUCGUAUCCUGGAAGAGAAAGCGAAAGAUAUUCAACCUGCGGCACCAAAGGAGAAGGUCAAGAAGGGUAACAUGGCACCUCCACCUCAGCCGUCUGCGUCUGAACCAGGGAAGAAAAUGUCGAGAGACGAGAUAUUGCGCCAGUUGAAAGCGAGUAGAGCUGCCGCAGCAGCAGAAGCGACUGCACAGGCUCCUGCACAACCGUCUGAAUCCAGCCUAGGGUCAAAGUUCAAGAAGAUUGGCGAUAACAAGGGCGAGAAGAAGCGCUGGAUCGAGCAAGAUGCGAGCGGCCGGCGGAAAGAAGUAUUGAUUACGACAGGUCCAGAUGGGAAGACGAAGAGAAAAGUCAGGUGGCUGGACAAACCGGGGCCGGAGACUGAUAGCAAGGAGACUGAUAGCAACGGCCUCUUGGUACCCGACAAGAACGCGAAGCCCUUGGGGAUGGAGGUCCCGGCGCGUGUCGCGGCGAAAGCUGGCACUGAUGCACCAGAGCCUGAGGACGAGGACAUAUUCGAAGGAGUUGGGACUGACUACAACCCGCUCGCCGAUCUUGGUGGGGAUGACUCUUCUUCCGAGUCCGAGAAGGAGGAGGGUGAGCGUGCAGCAGCAACAGCAGCGCCUGAACGCAAAUCAGAUGUCGAUAUCGACAAAGAAAAGGCUGCUCCACAGCCGUCCAAACCUCGCAAUUACUUCUCUACAUCCACCAGCGCUGCUACAGAAGAGGUGGAACCUAUCGAUCGUGCCAACCCACUAACCAACGAUCCUACCGUCCUGGCAGCAUUGAAACGCGCAGCUGCGCUGCGCCAAGCAUCGCCUUCUGCUGAAGCCAAAGAAGGCGAGGAAGACGUCGAUCCGGAGAUCCUUGCUCGACGGAAGAAGUUCCUCGAAGAGGCUCGCCGGCGGGAAGAGCUGGACUCGUACGACAUCGAUUAUGGAUUCGGCAGCAGCCGUAUCGAGGAUGACGAAGAUGAAGAAGUCUAUGGUGGACGUGGCGGUAAGAGGAAACGUGGGAAGAAGAGAAAGGGCGACAAGGACAGCGCGGCAGAUGUCCUGCGGGUUCUUGAGGCGAGACGGCAGCAGGGUUCUAGUUGA